CUAUCUAGAUAAAUGUUAAACCUACCUUCACACACUUUACAUCUAGCAGCUUUCUUCUCCAGACCCACCUCUCCUUCUCUCCCCCUCUUUAUAUCUUUGUGGUUCUUUAAAGCUGAAAAUUCCAAUCAUUCCUGUUGACUAGGCGAUGGUGUGUCGAAAGAUGUCUAUACUUUGGGUGCUGUUGACCCUAAUUGCCUCUUACUCUUCGAACUCUGCCGAAAUGCGGCGAGGUGGGCCAAGGUUUAGCAGAGGGAAGACACACAAAUACAGUUACACCGUGGAACUCCAGUUAGACAGAGGAGGAGGAGCAAUUGAAGAGAGUGUAGGAUUUAAAAUUGUGUCCAACGUCAACGUUGACUUGCUGUGGAGAAACUCAAGCAAUGAAGACGACCAACUUAUUCGAAUAGCGGUAACUGACAUCAAGUUCGAAAAUGUGAAUGAACGGACAGAUGACAAAAACAUCUUUAAAGGCACCAGCGGAGAAGAAAUCCUGGGGAAAAGCAACCUGGCAGCCUUGAAGAAUCCAGUCCUUGUCCAUUGGAUCAAUGGGAAGGUGAAGACAUUUUACUCAUUUUCAAAUGAGCCGGUGGUAUUUCAGAAUAUCAAAAGAGGCCUGACCAGCUUGUUCCAAGUUCAACUCAGAUCCACAAGUGUUAACGAGGUUGACGUCUCCGGGAAGUGCAAGGUUAAUUACCAGGUACGUCACAGCCAGGUAACCAAAGUGAAGAAACUGGACAGCUGCAAGGUGGCACAGCGAGGAUUCACCAGUCACAGCAAGGUAUUAGGAGUUAAUACAACAUCACUAUCAGUAAGCAUUUAUGUAUUGGAGAAGAAUUUAAUUCAUUCAGUAUUAUCUGAGGAGCAUCACCUGAUAUCUCUCAAUCUACGACAAGAACUUGCAGCCAAAAUUAUAUCAAUACAGAAGUUGGAGUUUCUGACGACAGAAGCUGGACCUAAAGAAAUCCAAGGCGAUCAGAUUAGCAGCAUUGUUAAUUCGGUGAAUCCCAAAUAUGCCCCCACCUCUCUAAUCUCUGGAGUAGUUAAAGCAAGAUGCAAAGGAUGUCCUUCACUUGUUGAACACUGGCAGACGAUUCGUAAAGAGCUAGAGCCUGAGAACCUUGCAAAAGCAUCUGCCUCCAGGACAUUCUUAUCUCUGGUUCAUGUACUGAGAAAAGCUAAGAAGGAAGAGAUCCUGCAAAUCCUGAGAAACGAAAGUGACAGCAGACUCCCCCCAUUAGUUGAUGCUGUGACCUCUGCUCACACUACUGCUUCUCUGGAAGCAAUGCUGGAAUUCCUGGAUUUCAGAAAUGACAGCAGCUUCAUCCUGCAGGAAAGGUUCUUGUAUGCCUGUGGCUUCGCCACUCAUCCCACAGAAGAGUUGCUGAAAGCCUUAAUGGGUAUACUUGAUGGAAAAAUUGGGAGUGACGAUAUCCGAGAAACUAUUGUUAUCAUCAUUGGGGCACUUGUCAGAAAAUUCUGCAAGAAAGGACAGUGUGAACUACCGACAGUGAUUAAAGCAAAGGAAAUGAUUCUGGAAGGGGCGGAUACAGCGACAAAGGAAGCUGAGAUUCUGAUGUACCUUCUUGCUUUGAAGAAUGCCCUCCUUCCCGAUGCAGUUCCCAUUUUGCUGAAACAUGCAGAGGCAGGCUGCGGACCCGUCAGCAACGUCGCAGUCUCAGCUAUCCAGAAAUAUGAGCAAGCUUUCAUCACAGAGGAGGUGAAAAAGGUAAUGAACAGGAUCUACCAUCAGACCAAGGGGGUCCAUGAGAAGACUGUGCGUAUGUCUGCUGCAGAUGUCAUCUUCAACAACAACCCCUCGUACAUGGAGGUGAAAAACAUUCUCCUCUCCAUCGGUGAACUGGCUCCUGAGAUGAGCAAAUAUUUACUCGCAAAGAUUCAGGACAUUCUUCACUUUCGACUUCCGGGCAGUGAGAUGGUGUGGAAGGUUCUGAAAGACACUGCUGUUCACAACUAUGACCGUUUCUCCAAGAUUGGUUCCUCAUCGGCCUACUCGGGAUACAUGAAGCAGGGCACUGACUCCACAUCCACAUACAGUCUGGACAUUUUGUACUCGGGCUCUGGCAUCCUGAGAAAGAGCAACAUGAACAUCUUUGUAUUCAGCCAGGAAUCACAACUGCAUGCUACCCAGGUUAUGAUCGAAGCUCAGGGACUGGAGUCGCUAAUAGCCGCAACCCCAGAUGAAGGGGAGGAGAAGCUCGACUCCCUGGCUGGCAUGUCUGCCGUGUUGUUUGAUGUCCAGCUCAGGCCUGUCACCUUCUUUCGAGGCUACAGUGACUUAAUGGCCAAGAUGUUCACCACGACUGGUGAGCCAAUGAGUGUCGUCAAAGGGCUCAUUCUGCUCAUCGAUCAUUCCCAGGUUUUUCCGCUGCAAUCAGGACUGAGGGCAGCUGUGGACUUCCAGGGAGGUUUGGCCAUUGAUAUCUCGGGUGGGAUGGAUUUCAGCCUCUGGUACCGAGAGUCUAAAACCACUGUCAGCAACAGGGGUGCAGUGGUCAUAGUUGGCAACGUCACGGUGGACUCGUUGUUUGUACAGAGCGGGGUGGAAGUGAGUGUGGAAUCGGAGGCUUUGCUCAACUUCAUCUCAACUGUGAAGUUCUCUGAGUACCCUUUCCUCGUCUGUAUGCAGAUGGUCAAAGACCAGUUUCCUUUCAGGCAAUUUGUGACCAAGUAUGAAAGCUUAUCAUCAGGACAAUCCUACAUUUCUCGGAAAGGCAGGAAAGCUGUGAUACCUGGAUCAGAAUUCCCGCUCCACCAGGAAAACUCUGACAUGUGCAGAAGGGUCUUUGCGAUGGAGUCGAACUCGUCGGACUGGUUCUGAGAUCGGACUGGUGGGGUGGGGGGAAGACGAGAAGGGGCAAUCUGUCACUCACCACAGACGCUACAAGGAGAAGAUGCAGAAAUAAAACCAAACCAGAGGUUAGAGGAGGCUGGCACCAUCUGCCCAGCAACUAGGGAGAAUGAGUCUGAAUUGUUAAGUAAUUCUAAAUGUGGAAAGAGGUCUCCUUGUGUCUGCCUGUUGCUGCGAUUUUUGAAACCUUAUGAAGUGAAUAAUUUUAACAAAAGCUGAUGGCAGGAAACAUACCCCCUUGCAUUUUUAUAGCGCCUUUCUUUAUCUCUUUAAGGACAUCCUGAAGUGCUUUACAGUCAAAGAAAUAAUUCUGAGGUAUAGUCACUCUUGUAACGUAGGUAACGCAGCAGCCAGUUUGUGCAAAUAAAUUCCCACAAAUAGCAAUGAGGUAAUACCAUGAUAAUCUGCUUUGUAACACUGAAGGAGAGAUAAAUAUCGGCCAGGUCAUGUCCAAGACUUAAUUUCUUACACCUCAUGAGGACUCGCUGUUAAAUCUUCUGCUCCUUCGGUUUCCUGUUGAAUGUACAGUGUUAGGCUAAAAUUAUUCCUUUAUCCACUCCUCCCUGCCACCAGCAGAUUGUCAAGAGCAGCAGUUCAGCAACUGGUGUCGGUGGAACAAGAAGAGAAAAUUCUGGGAACACUCAGCAGGCCAUGCAGCACCUGCAGAGAGAGAAACAGGCUGAAGAUCCUCGUCAGAACUAGUGAAAUGGGAAAACAAAGUUAGUCACAAGUGAGAGGGUAGGAGAUAACCAAGGAGAUCUGAUAGGAUGAGCUCUGGGUUACUGAGGUGAUCCCAAUGUUUACAAGUUUAUUAAUAAGGGCAGUUAGAGAGAGCAUAGGGAGAUGUUAAAGCUGUGAAAUGCAGGUCAAAACUUUAGCUGAAACUAAAAGGAGAAUGUUAGCAAUGAUUCUUGAUUCAUUUCAGUGGAACCCUUUCUGGGCCAUUGAUUCAUAGAAUCUUGUGGCAAAGCAGGAAGCCCAUUCAACCAACCGGGUCACACAUGCUGAAGGAGUGGCCUUCCAGAGGGUCUGACCUCCCUUUCCUGUGCAGGGCCAGUCUCACGGGUGAUCCCUAUCUGGGAACAACGUGGACUUGAUCCACGGGCGUUUGCAAAGGGUGAACAUUGCCAAGGCUCCGAUCACUGGAGAAAAGAAAGUCCACUUGAAGUUGGAUCCAAUCAGAGGUUAUACUCUGAAAGUCUCUGCGAUCAAUUAUCUGUGGAGGUUCCCAGAAUUCGGGGGAGUGUGCUACUGGACAAUGGGUGCCACCACCUGUUGGAGAGUGGGAGGACUUGCUCAGGAUCUCUCCAGCUGCUAGUGGAGGACAGUUCUGAGUGAACCCUGUGGGUCCCUCCUGAUACACUGGCUAGAAAGGUCCUCUGAACCGUGCUUUUCUCCCAGGUAACUUGGAUCCAACAUAGGUGAAGAUUUAAAGGGAGAAUUUAACUCCCAGACUGACAUUUAGAAUUAUUUGUUCAAUUCAGAUGAAUUAACUUCUCCUUUAAGGCUGUGUGUGUUAAUUUAAUACCUUUGUGAUAUUUACUUUUUUAUGUGUAUUUAAAGUUUUUUUUAAAUGUAGGGUGAAAUUGAACAGCUUACAGUUCAGAGGGUAAAACAGUUGCAAAUUCAGACACAGCCAAUGAUGUAAUUGGAAAUAAAGUGAGCGGUGGGGGAAAGAUCAUGGUUUGAGCACAGAGGUAAUUCAACAGCAAUAGUUAGGCUCUUGUACAAUAGCAAUGUUUGUGAGAAGUGUUGUUUACAAUAGUCCUGUGACAUUUUGUGGAAUAUCAAUUCAAAAAUAAUCACAGCUUUUAAACAGCCUGUAAUUUCUGAGCCAGGAUUUUCUGAAAACACUUUUCCUCACCAAUUUGACACGACUGACACAAUCAGCCACUCGGGCCUUUGGUUUGACGUGACCAACUUUGGCCAGGCAUAUUCCUCGAGGUUUUUUAAAAGACUUCCAACUUCACAGUCAUGCCCUUGCCACUGGCAAUCCAACAUAUCUAUCAUUGCUCAUGACCAAUCAGGAAACAGCAGACUUUUUUUUAUCCUAUUGGGUGAUUCUCAAUCAAGCGGCCCAUCUCCAAUAUUUUUAUAACUAUUAAAAAAAUCAAUGAAAAAAUAGAAUAAUACCUGUUUGUUCUCUGUAUGAUUUCUGUCCCAAUAAAAGCCUGAAGCUUCAUCUUUAAUUCCUGGAGGUGUUGGCAAACACCAGCAAUUUGUCACUUGACGUUGCCAGGAAUAGUAGUUAUGCAUGCACUAAAACUCAGAAAGGAACUUGGAAAAUUCAGGCUUUGAAUCAGAAUUCUGGGAUCAAUAGUUAAUAUUUUGUUAUUUUUUAUGGGUGAUAUAAAAGAUGGUUAUCGGUAAAUUAAAUUGUUUAAUUAUUGUCA